UCUCACCGGACGCUGCGCGGUAAGGCGCAGUCACCAACACAAUCGAGUGCAUAAAUAGACGGAGGAGAGGUUGCGAGAGAACCAUCAACUGCGCCUUUCACCGCCAUUCUCACGGCAACAAAUCCUUCGACCCAUCGAUUUCCAGAUCGAUAUAUUCUUCUUCUUUGCUGGCUACAAUCUUUCAGACGAGGAGGCGAUGGCGGCGAAAGAUACAGAUUCUUCCAAUGACGUCGCUCGACUGGGAGCGUUAGGGACAGAAGAAGCCCUGACUCGCGUUCGGAACCCCCCUCGAGUUUACAGAUGCGGCAAGUGCCGAACCCAUGUCUCGCGUUCCGAUGACAUCCUAGCAGAAAUACAGGAGCAUUAUGGGCCUGCGAUUCUGUUUUAUCGUGCCAAGAACAUAUAUUUGGGACCAGAGCAAGGCUGGCGGCGACUGAGAGGAGGACUGUCUAAGGUUGCCGAUGUCUUCUGCCGUGGAUGCGAUGAGAACUUGGGAUGGAAGUAUGUAAGAGCUCCUGAUGUGGCGAACAAGGUUAAAGAAGGGAAGUUCUCCAUUGACAAUACAAAGAUUGUCGUGGUGUAAAGGUGUAAAUCGAUGGUGUGUUGAAUAAUGUGGUUCUGCGUGAUCCUGGAUCUUUGGAUAGAUUGAUAGAUAGAUACCCUCAUCUAUUCUUGUACGUAAGUUAACCUUCCCAUCGUAGUGUGUGCUUUAAGCAUUUUGCCUGUUGACAACUGUUGGUCUCUGUAAAUAUCGGUGACGUUGUUCCUCCAAUCAUGAAAACAUUUUUAUU